CACCCAUACACACACACAGAAAGAGAAAAAUAAAAAACAGAUCGAAAAGUUCUGAUUCCUCUGGAGGACAGGAGCUCUGACUCGUAUGAUGUCUGUUGUGGGCGCCCAGCCUUUCAUCAAGCCAAUGCAGACUUCACCUUCAGUUUCGCCCGGUAUCCAGCGGAGACACACGCUGCCAGCCAGCGAGGUGCGGCCGCUCAACACGCAGGACGCGAUCAGCGUGUUUGAAAUCGAGAGGGAGGCUUUUAUCUCGGUGUCCGGGGAUUGCCCGCUGCACCUGGAUGAAGUGCGUCAUUUCCUCACGUUGUGUCCGGAGCUGUCGAUGGGCUGGUUCGAAGAGGGCCGCCUGGUGGCGUUCAUCAUCGGAUCUCUGUGGGACCAGGACAGGCUCACCUCAGACGCGCUGACCCUCCACAAGCCCUGCGGCUCCACCGUCCACAUCCACGUCUUGGCGGUCCAUCGCACCUUCAGGCAGCAGGGCAAAGGCCCCAUUCUGAUGUGGCGCUACCUGCAGUACCUGCGCUGCCUGCCCAACGUGCGCCGAGCCAUGCUGAUGUGCGAGGACUUCCUCAUCCCCUUCUAUCGCAAGUCGGGCUUCAAGGUCCUGGGCCGCUGCGCCAUCACCGUGGCCAACCUCACCUUCACCGAGAUGUGGUACCCAAUCAGCGGCCACGCGUACAUGCGCCGCAACAGCGAGGCCAUCCGGUUCCCCCAGCAUCCGCUGACUCUUCCUCUGACAAAGACUGAUGAGCAAGUCGAUUUAUGAUUCUGCUUUUGGUGGUUGUUGUGGUUUUUUUCUUACUGACAUCAGGCACCUGGACGGACAGAGCCAUUCCAAGGUUGUGUGAGUCCAUGGGCAGAGUUUUAUUUAGGGGGCCGACUCCUUGUCUUGUAACAAUAUGUAAGAAAGUUGAGUUACAUUAGAUUAUAUCAGUAAGCGCCAGUACUUUUCUUUUGCACAGAGCUCUGUACAUUGCACUGAGGGAAGUCACUGAGGAUUCUGCGUAUUCCUCAGGACUAUUUAAAAAUCAACCUCGUAGAACCAGGAAGGAAAUAAUUUGAUCACCUAUUUCUAAAGUUUAACGGUGAACUUUAACGUAAGAGGGAAAAGAUGGACAGGGUGAUCAGUUCUUGGAUCUUUUUGAUGAGUCAACUUUCCUAGCACCAGACCUUGAUGUCUUUACUUGAUGUCUGCCCUGUUGCUGUUUCAGCUCUCACUGAAGCUGCCUGAGUCCUUACAGACAUACGAUUCCAACACCCAACCUGUGUUCGAUCAACGCGUCGCGCAGAAACUCGAACUUCAUCCAAGCUGAAAGACUGACGAGUCGCAAAACAAACAACUUUUCAGUCAGAACAAGGUCACUCAAAGACUUGUAGGACGUCCUUGAAUGUCUGGAUGGCACCAAAUCUGGGUCUCAGUGGAACGGGAUGGUGAACGUGAAGGGUUACGCAGCUUAAAUAAACUUAAAUGGUUUAACUAGAGGAAGCCCCAACAAAUCUUUUCUAAAGUUGGGCGCCCUUAAGACUUUCUGGGCUCUUGGCUGCCUCCUCUGGCCAAACAGGAAAAUAAUAAGGAAUUAAUUUAAGAAACAAGAACAUAAGCUUACCUGUGUUGCGCUAUUUAUCUAUUUAUUCAUAUUUUUGUUAUUCAUAGGAUAUCACAUGGGUGUGCAGUUUUGGUAUCCAAUACCAGAUAAACACUGGGCCAGUAUCACAGAUAUCGAUUCUGGAACUGAUACUAAUACUUUUUAUUAUUCAAGUCCAAUCAUCUGACCUUUAGGUGUUUCCGUGGUUUUUCCUUUGAAUCAUUUUUAUAAAACCUUGAACAGAAUAUGGAGAAAGUUUAAAGACAUCUACAAAAUACUUUAAUAUUUUAACAUGAUAGACGGAAACAAUAGAACGACUAAGUGAAACGAAGUGUGAAAAAUGAUUAUUUGAGAGCAAAUCAACACAGAAUCUUUUUUAGGGUAGCUUUGGGAAUUUGGGAAACUGUAAUACAAACAUAUAUGAUACAAUUUCAAGAGGGAUUCUGGAACUAGAGUAUCCAUUUUACCAUGCUAAUCUCCAUCCAAAACUGAUACGGACUGUUUCGAUAUCAAUGAUAUUUUCGUAUCCAUCUGCCCACCUUUAGUAAACCCAAAGCCUGUCUGUUAUUCCUACUUGCAACAUUCAGCUAUACUUUAGGCUAACACUGUUUGAACUCAAUGUUUUGAAUCUAAAAUAAAGAAAAGAAGGGAAAUAAAUCAGUGUUCUCUGUAGAGUCUUCACCGGUUCAAUUCACAUGUGAUAUUCUGAUUUAUUCUCAAGCUUUUAGCUGAAUCCCUUUCACCAGAAUUGUGUGGAUUAUUUCACUCUGUACACAAUAAACCAAGUGUUGACUUGAACGCGAACUGUGUCUAUACCUGGUGUAACAUGUAGCGACUCUAAGCCGUUUCCUGAUUGACACCUUUCAGGGCUUCCCACACUACAAGCUGACGUCAGUCAUCAGGCCUUAGCCUCGCAACAACAGCUCCUCCAGCUCCUGCUGCUCUAUUAUGGAGGCUUUAGCUGUUGUAAACGUCUGAGGAUUUAGAUCUACUCAUCCGUUAGCCUGCGGUGACCUGACAUAAACCUGCAUGUUCACUGCAGAUUUUGAUCACCCACCGACUUUUGUUUCCGCCGCAGCAGCUACACAAACGUGAAGAAAAUGGUUUGUGUUGUUAUUCUGAAGAUGAAAACUGCUCCUGAGUUGGCUUUUCUUGUCAAAGACAUUCCACUUUCUUUUGCUCAAAGUAAAAUCUCACAAGUGUCCUCACUAAUAAAUAUAAAGUCAAAAGCCACUAGUGAUUUCUGUUAGACCUCAGCUGUCUCUGUGUGGAGCUUCACACUUUAAUCCAUGACACAGUCCCACACUCAGGUCUUAAUCUACUAACACGGACGGGUGAGCAGCUCCGUUUCUGCUGAAGGACAAACAGGUUUUUUUGGUAGACUGACCUUUCCUGGGAAGGUUUGCCACACCGUAUUUUUCUUUAACUUGUGGAUAACGGCCUCGCUGUGGUUCACUGGAGGUAAAGAGGCCACAGGUCUGAUAGUAAACAAGGAUAAGAGUGUGGCCAGUGAUAUUAAACAGCUUUCCACAAAGUCCUACAAAAACUAUAACCACCAGUUUCAUCAUCGUUCAUGA